UCCUCUUCAUUUGUUGAUCUUUGGACCCUCAUCUCCAAAGACCAAUCACAAUUCACACCCAACCCUUCCUUACUUUCUCCCUCUAUCUCUUCAAUUCCUCAAAAACCUACCUUAACACUUCCAUGGCUACAACAGCAAACUUCUUGUCUAGUCUACCUUCUUCUCUUUCAACCUUCCCCAAGACAGACCUUUCUUUCAGUUCCUCCACUCUCCCUAUCUUCCCCAAGCCCAGAUCACUAAAAAGACUAGAAACAACCCUUACUACUCAAACCCACCACCACUUCAUUGUUAAGGCAACCACAGCCUCUGAUACCCCCAAAGUAGAGAGUGAUGAACGAGUACAGAAGGUCCAUAGCAUCGAAGAGUUUGAUGAAGCUCUUAAAAUGGCGAAAAAUAAGCUCGUCGUGGUUGAAUACGCCGCCAGCCAUAGCCAUAAAAGCAGCAAGAUUUACCCUUUCAUGGUGGACCUAAGCAGGACCUGCAACGAUGUUGAAUUCCUUCUUGUGAUGGGUGAUGAGUCUGAGAAGACUAUAGAGCUCUGUAAGAGAGAGAAGAUUGAUAGAGUUCCUCACUUCAGCUUCUACAAGAGUAUGGAGAAGAUCCAUGAAGAAGAAGGCAUAGGCCCUGACCAGCUUGUAGGGGAUGUGUUAUAUUAUGGAGAUAACCAUUCUGGUGUGGUGCAGUUGCAUUGUAGAGAAGAUGUUGAGACAUUGAUGGGGGAACAUAAGAUUGAUCAUAAGCUGAUUGUCCUUGAUGUGGGGUUGAAACACUGUGGGCCCUGUGUUAAGGUGUAUCCAACGGUGAUUAAGCUAUCUAGGCAGAUGGCUGAUACGGUUGUGUUCGCGAGGAUGAACGGUGAUGAGAAUGAUAGCUGCAUGCAGUUUUUGAAGGACAUGGAUGUUGUUGAGGUGCCUACAUUUUUGUUCAUCAGGGAUGGUAAGGUCUGUGGGAGGUACGUAGGCUCUGGUAGAGGUGAGCUUAUUGGGGAAAUUCUUAGAUACCAGGGAGUUCGUGUCACUUAUUAAGAAUCUUAGUAGCAAUAGAAACUGGAGUUUCAAAUUGGAAUUUUCAGUUUCUUUUGUUUCUUUGUCUGUAUAACUCAAAAGACUCAAAAGUGAAAGGGUACAUAUUAAUAAUUGCUCAUCAGCCCAUAUUUUCUACUACUAGUUCUAUUCAUCACCUAUGAUGAUUGGGAGAUCUGGGAUACAAGUUAGGAGAAGCCCAUGUUGGGGUAUGAUGUCUUGUAUUCCGUCAGUUUCAUUUGUGGAUUGAUUCUGAAGGAUUGUAAGACUUGAGUCCUAAAGCUCCAUAAUAGAACUACGUGGGUAUUUAUGUAAUAUAUAUGCCUAUGUCACUUUUUACUGUAUAUUUGAAGAGAGAAUGUUAUUCUCUGUAAUCUGAAAGAGGUGUGAGGAUGAGCAGUUGUAAUCAUAUUUUCGUCAAAUCAUGUAAGCCUUCAUAUUUACAUUGUGUGAUUGUUUCUUUGAGACUUC